CGCUACUUCCCUAUAUCUCGAAGGCCCUGACGAUAGCUUCAACAGCGCCAAGCUACCCCUGCCCCCUUUCGCAAACCAGUCUCACCACUAUCCGUAUCUCGACAAAAGGUGGUCGUCAGGGGACGAUAAGCCACAACCGUUAUCGCGACUCCUCCAAACAUCCUCCGCGCAGACUUCAGGCAUCAUGAGCCCACGAACCCGACGACAGGCCGCCAAGGCUGGCAGCUCUUCUUCAUCUGACUCGGAACGCGAUGUCAAGGCCAACGGCUCCAGCAACACCAACGGCAACGGUGCCGCUCACGGCGCCUCGGAUGCCUCGGACAGUGCCCCUCGCGAGAACAUCUUCCUCUUCUGGCCCAACCUGAUCGGCUACGCGCGAAUCGUCCUCGCUAUCGCAUCUCUCUACUACAUGCCCCUCCAUCCUCGCACGUGCUCGUUCCUCUACAGUGUCUCGUGUCUCCUCGACGCCCUCGAUGGCUACGUCGCGCGCAUCUACGAACAGUCGACUCGCUUCGGCGCCGUCCUCGACAUGGUGACGGAUCGAUGCACCACGGCCUGUCUCAUUGUCUUCCUGUCUUCCGCCUUCCCCCGAUGGGCCAUCGUCUUCCAGGGUCUGAUUGCCCUUGAUCUCGCCAGCCACUACAUGCACAUGUAUGCUACCCUUGUUGUCUCGGGCACCGAUUCGAGCCACAAGAACAUCGAUGCCAGCCAGAACUGGCUGCUCAGCCUCUACUACACCAACAAGAACGUCCUCUUUGCUCUUUGCGCCCUCAACGAGCUGUUCUUCAUUGCGCUCUACCUCCUCUGCUUCUCGUCUCCUCUCGUCUCUCCCUACCUGAUCAAGCCCGUCAAGGAGGUCGGCGCCGAGCUCCAGGCCGGUGCCCAGGUCAACACGUCGAUUCUGGAGCAGAUCUUCCCUGAUCCCUUCAGCCCCGCCGCUCUCGAACUGGCCCGAGCCAACAAGAUGGAUUCCACCGUCCCCUGGAUCAUUGCUGGCGUCAGCUUCCCUUUCAUGUUCAUCAAGCAAUUCAUCAACAUUGUUCAGCUCGUCAACGCGAGCCAAGGACUGGCCGAGAUCGAUAUCAAGACCCGUAAGGAGAAGGGUCUUCCUCGACCCAAGGCCAAGAAGGCUUAAAUUCGACAAAACUUUCUAUAGUCCCUCGGGAUAACUGUUUUAAUGAUUUUGGCCACGGCCUUCGACUGGGAUGGUGAACUCAGUCCCUUGCUGGCGACCUUUCGACCUUUCUCACUAUCUAUCAACUUCUGGCUGACGGAAACUGGCUUAUCGGCCUAUUUUCUCAGCCAUUUCAACAACGUCUCGUCUCGACAAGGCGCAAUCUCUAGGGAAGACUUAUGGGGGACAUUAUACGAUCCCCCCGGACCUGCAUGACUCGGCGUAAGAGGUACGGAUAUUGAUGAUUCCAACCUCGGAAGGGAGGUGAAUUACUGGGUUAAGGGGAAAAUGCAGUGUCCUCCAUAAAGGAGGAGGAGGAGAAGGUAAAAUCGCUGAUUGAUUGUUGGAGGAGAUAAUCAAGGAAAUCUUACUGGGAUUUAGCGGGUGCACGUUUAGACUUCGUUGUACACAUACCUUUUUUUUUUCUCUUGAAGGUAUUCCCUUUUCUUUGUUUUGUUUCUUUUUCUAUACCUUCUUAAUUGUAGACGGAUGUCGGAUACACACUCGCUGGAAUUGAACGAGAUUUAUAACUUCA